UAAAUAUAUAUAUGUGCAGAAGCACCCACCUUCACUUACAGCUCUCUGAACAAUUCCGUAUGAGUUUUGCUCUCUCUUUCUCUCUGUCUCUCUAUCACACUACCUUCCCUGUUCUCUCUCCCUGCGAACACCUAAAAGCUAAAACAAAAUAAAUUUUGCUUUGUGCUUUCUUCUGUUAAUUAGUUUCAAGCCUUUAAUUUCUUGGGUUAAUGUGGGUUUGAACUUUGAAUAGUUAUAGAUAUAGCGUGAAAGAAGGAAAACCAAGAAACUGAGUUUUUAUCAGUAGAGAGAGAUGAAGAAAAGCAACAGCGAGUCGCAGAAACUUGAUCGAAAGACCGUCGAGAGGAAUCGGAGAAUUCACAUGAAGGGUUUAUGCUUCAAGCUUGCUUCUCUCAUUCCUUCUCAUCACUUCAAACAUUCUAAGGACAUGCUAUCGCAGCAAGAUCAACUAGACCAUGCUGCAGCCUACAUAAAGCACCUGAGAGAAAGAAUCGAGAAAUUAAAGAAGAUAAAGGAACAAGCAUUGGGAUCCUUGGGAGCUAAUAAUAAUACCAUGGAUGCAAUGAUGAUGGGGCUGAGAUUGCCAAUGAUUGAACUUAGAGAAAUGGGUUCAAGCAUAGAAGUGAUUUUGAUUAGUGGGUUGAAGAAGAACUUCAUGUUAUAUGAGGUUAUUACCAUUCUUGAGGAAGAAGGAGCUGAAGUUGUCAGCGCCAGCUUUUCAACAGUGGGUGAUAAGGUCUUCCACACAGUCCAUGCUCAGGUCAAAAUCUGUAGAGUUGGUGUGGAGACUUCAAGGGUAUGCCAGAGAUUGCAGGAACUGAUUUACUGGAGCUGCAUGUGAAAUCUGAAACAUGAAGAGUGAAGAGCUUCCAGGACUGUCAAAUAUUUUCCCUUCUGAAAUAUUGGCAUUAAAUCAUCCCACCUGCCAAAAGUACUGCCUAAUAGAUAUUCUUGUAAAUGCAGAAUAUCUAGCUAGCUUCAUCGUUCCUCUAUCAAUACAUAUAUAUGUAGGAAUAAUCUUCUCUACUUUGUGUAUUUUAAUAAUAAUAUAGUUCGCAAUUCAUGUUUUCCCCUUAA